AUGGCAUCUCUGAAGGAGGGCACCGUCUGCAGCCCCGACCAGAAAGACAAUAGCGAGCUGGAGAAGGUUGGCGAGAGUUACGCUGUGGAGAACCCCGGCGAGGUGUUUGACCAGAGCGAAUACCGCGCCCUGGGAUGGAUUCCUGCUGCUGUUAUACUCCUGAAGUUGUGCUUUGCCACGGGCGUCCUGGCGAUUCCUGCCACGUUCAGCGUCCUCGGCUAUGUUCCGGGUCUGCUCGUACUCCUCGGCUUCGGGGCUCUGACGACAUACUAUGCUUAUAUCAUGUACGUCUUCCGGAUGCGCUAUGCUGGCAUCCAUAACAUUGCGGACGCAGCCGGCAUGGUGGGCGGCCCUGUCUUGCGCGAGGUGGCUGGCGCUCUGUUCAUUGUAGCCUGGACGUUGGCAUCGGGGGCAGGUUUUAUUGGCCUGGCGCAGGGGUUUAAGGCCCUCUCCAGUCACAACGUCUGUAACACCGUGUGGACACUGGUUGCCGCCGUUUGCACUGCUCUUCUGGCCAGCAUCCAGACCCUGGGAAGGCUCACCAUCUUUACCUGGAUCGGCUUUGCCUCUCUUUUUACCGCCGUCUUCAUCAUCGUUAUCGGAGUAACGCAAGUCGAUCGACCUGCUGCGGCUCCGCAGGCGGGACCCUUUGACAUUGAUGUGGUCACUUUCGGUGCCCCAGCUAUUGCGCCCGGGCUCACCGCUGCGGUCAAUAUUUUCGCGGCCUUCUCGUCCACACCAACAUUUAUGCCCGUCAUUGCGGAGAUGAAAGCGCCUAGAGACUUUAGGAAGUCUCUUUUCUCUUCUCAGAUUGUGCUCAUCAUCUGCUAUGUCACGAUGUCACUUGUCGUCUAUCUCUAUUGCGGCAAAUAUGUGGCAAGCCCUGCGCUGGGCAGUGCGGGAGGCCUUCUCAUGAAGAUUGCCUAUGGCAUUUCCAUCCCGGGCUUCAUCAUGACGUGCACGCUCUGGGUCCACCUCGCAGCCAAGACCUUAUUCGUCCGUAUUCUUCGCCAUUCGGAGCAUCUGCAGAAUCACAGUUUCAUCCACUGGGCUGUAUGGCUGGGUUCCACGAUCGGCAUCAGCUCACUCGCGUUCCUCUGCGCCGGGGCUGUUCCCUUCUUCAGCUACCUGAUCGGACUGAAUGGCGCCCUUUGCUUGGCGCCAACUUGUUUGGUCAUCCCGGCCUGGAUGGGGCUCUACAUGGACUGGGAGCUCCGACGCACGAGCUGGACGAAGACGGGGAUUUGCCAUCUCCACAUCUUCACGGUCAUCAUCGGGUUGUUCAUGACGGUCGGCGGCACGACGACCACGAUACAGAGCAUCGUUGACGCCUACAAGGCCGGCAGUUUUGGGACGCCCUUUAGCUGCACAUGA